UUCUGUGAAAAACUAGUGUUGUGCGUGAUCGAACUACGUUCGGCAGUGUUUACAAAUGAUUUCCACAAAAUCCCAUUUAGCUUUAGUUUUUCUUUUAUUUACAGUAAACACAGUAAACCUCUGCGAUGGUUUCCAGUUCAAGAGUUUGGAGUUCUACGCGCAGAUACUAAACGGCGAGUUUCUUGAAUCGAGCCCGUUUGGCAGCGGCAGCAAUGUUGCAAAAUCAGAAACAAAGGACGAAGAAAUCGAACGACCAGAAGCAUUAACGCAACGCCAAUCAUUGCAGAGUUCGCUGUACGAUUUCAUAACAUACGCAGACAAACGCUCCUGUUCAUUAUCGGAUGAAGAUGGCCUUGAGGACGGAACCAAUGCGGAUGGUCGCAAAUCUUCUCUGCGUGUUAAAUGUGUCCCCGUGGAAGGCAACGGUACAAUGCAUAUGAUAACUUCCCUCAAGGAGGUGAUCAGUGUGCUAGCACCGCACGGCAACUCUACGAAAAGGAACCAAGCGGGAAGCUGCGUUGUGAUGCUGUUUUACACCAGGACAUGUAUUCACAGUGCGAUGGUAGCACCGCAUUUCAACGCAUUAGCACGACACUUUCCCGACCUGACCGUGGCCGCCAUCGAUGCGUAUAACUUUCACGUUCUGAACGCGGAAUUCGGCAUCGUUGGGCUGCCAACGAUCAUGUUUUUCCACCAGGGUCGACCGUUGGUGAAGUACAACGGAACAGCGAUAACGCUGGCAUCGCUGGCCAAGUUUGUAACGCGCCACAGCGGUGUGGAACCACGGUUGGUAAAUCAGAAGAGCAGCAACACUGUGCUGCACUACAUAUCGGAUGACUUCAAGGGCCCACUGUUGAAUAAGGUGGAACACAAGACAGACUACUGGCUGUAUAUGGCUUGGAUAUUCAUCAUCAUUUGCACGUGCUAUUAUUUCUCCAAAUCAUCACUCUAUGCCCAAAUCAUUGAAAUGAUCAAACGAAAUUGGCGAGAAUCGGCAGCCCACAAUAGUUGAAGAAACUAAAAGAACAUUGCAAAUGAUUUGUUUUCCAGUUUUGUUAGAUGUAUUUCAUGCAGUAGAAUAUAUAAUUUAAAAAAAGUAAAUUUA